AUGGGAUCAGCGAACAUUACAAAGGAUACACGGAUGCGCGAGCAGAAAAUAUGCAAAACAAAACAUGAGUGGCUCGGAAACCCCAUUUCCAAAGAGGAGCUGUUCAAAUACACAAAUGGCCGAUUUCUUUCCGAGGAAGACCGCCAGCUUUCCAAGCGCUAUGUUCGUUUUGAUGUUGACCGGUUAUGUGAUGUGAUCGCAAGCAUCCCCGGAGCCGGGGCAUUGCAGGUUUCGAAGAUAGAGAAGAUGGAGGGUGGGUUCAGCAAGGCCCUCCUUGUGACAACCACAGAUGGCUCAGAAUACAUCGUCAAAAUUCCGUGCCCGAAUGCAGGAAGGCCUAUGUACUGCACAGCAUCCGAGGUUGCGGUCUUGAGCUUCGUCAGGACACAUACCACUAUUCCUGUGCCUAAGGUCUUAGCAUGGAGUGCCGAUUCAACCAACCCGGUAGGCGCUGAGUAUAUUGUGAUGGAGCGGGUCCCUGGUGUCCAGAUCUUUAAGAAAUGGAAUGAAAUGGGAGAGAGCAACCGGAUAUCGAUCAUUAAACGUCUCACGCAAUGGGAGCGUGAACUUGCUGAGAUUCGGUUUCCAGCUUUUGGUAGCCUGUACCACAAAAGCUCCCUAAGUGGCUCCUUGGGUGAGCAUGAAUUGAUCUCAUUAGAUCAAUCCGUGGAUCCUGAGGGUCUCUUUUGCAUUGGUCCCUCAUGUGAUUCUGCCUGGUCUAUGCAGCAUAGUCCUAGUGUUCACUGCGGCCCUUGGAAAACAACCAUUGAUUUAGGCGAAUCUCUCAUCAAUCGCUCACUCAUUAAGUCUCAACACGGUCUCAAUCCAGACCUACCAGUCUCUCUGAAUAGUCCCUUGGAGGAACAUUUAAUAACCCUCGAUAUGGCAAAGAGAGUUAUGCCAGCGGCGGCAAACAAUCCUAAGCUGCUAGCUCAAUCCCAGCCCACACUAUGGCAUACCGAUCUUCAUAUGGGAAAUAUCUUUGUCGCUGAAGAUAACCCAGCCGAGGUUACUGGCUUUAUUGACUGGCAGCAUACUUCUAUCAAUCCUUUGUUUUUACAAGUCAGGUGGCCUGUUUUUCUAACUCCGCCCGAAGAUUACCAAGUGGGCCAGGUAUUGCCUCAGCUUCCACCUGACUAUGAAGAUAUGGACGCCGAUGACAAAGAGAUUGCAUUAUAUAAUAAAGAGAAGGCUACCUGGACAAAAGCUUAUGAGGUUGCAUCCUUUUUGAAUGACAGAACAGCCUGGAGAGCGAUGCAAGUCCCCUCGCCACUGAAGGAACUGUUCCGUCGUGUUGAUACUUGGGAUGAGGGAAUUCUCCCGCUCCGGGAAACGUUGAUAGAACUUUUUCGCAGUCAGCGGGACCUCGGGUUCACAGAAGGUCUAUCGCUCAACUUCAAUGACGAGCAGAUCGCAGCACACACGAAGGAGUUUCAAGUCUAUCAAGAAUGGUACGAAAUGCGCAGCUUCGUCAAGCAAGUUCUUGAUACUGACGACGAUGGCUGGGUUCCUCCCGAGCGCGAUUUCACCGAGAUAAAGUCUCGGAACAAGGUGUUGUUCGACUACUAUGUUUCUAAACCAGGUCUUAACAAGACCCCAGAUGAAGUCCGGGGCUUAUGGCCAUUUCCUUUAGAUACAUGA